AUGGGUCAAACAACCGCACCCAUUUCCCAGGCUGAGCUGAAUAUUGUCCAAGUUUAUCUCUCUCUCAUUCGCCAUCUUUCUCUCUCUUUCACUCACAUUCUCUUUUUCUCUCUCAUUCUUUCUUUCUGUUUCUCUCUCUCAUCCUCUUUCCCUCUCUCAUUUUCUUUCUUUCUUUCUCAUUCUCCAUAUUUCUCUGUCUCUCUUUCUCCCUCAUUCUCUCUCUCUUUCCCUUUCUCUUUUCUCUCAUUGCUUCCCUUUCUCAUUCUCUCUAUCAUUCACACUCUCUUUCAUUCUCUUUGUGUCUCUUCAAGAGAUGGAUUUGAGCUCUCUCUGUCCCUUUCUCAUUCUCUCUCUCUCCUCAUUCUUUUUCUCCCUCUCAUUUUAUUUCUCCUUCCUUUUCUAAUUCUUUCUCUCAUUCCUUUUCUCUCCCUCUUUCAUUCUCUUUCUCUCCCACCUUUCCUUUCUAUUUCUCCUUCCCUUUCUCCUUCUCUCACUCCUUCCUUUUCUCAUUCUCUCACCUUCUCUUUCUCCCUUGCAUUCCCUUUCUCAUUUUCCCUCUCCUUCCCUUUCUCAUUCUCUCUCACUUUCCUUUUCUCAUUUUCUCUCGCCUUCUCUUUCCCAUUCUUCUUUGCAUUCCCUUUCUCAUUCUCUCUCGUCUUUCCUUUCAGAAUCCUAAUGUUCUAA